AUGUCCUACUACGGAGGCGACCCCUACAACCGCCCACCCCCAGGCCCCCCUUCAGGAGCCUACGACCAACGCCCACCAUACGACAACAGACCCCCCUAUGACCGCGCUGCCUACAGCGCCCCGCCCCCAAUGGCUCGCCCUCCACCCGGUCCCCCUCCUCCUUUACCUGCCGGCUGGCACCAAGAGUGGGAGCCGAACAUGCGCCGCGCCUUCUGGGUCGAAGAUAACACUGGCCGCGCGCAGUGGGAACCUCCCUACCAGGGACAGGGUUACUAUGAUGGUUCGCGGAGUGUGCCCCCUCCUGAGCCCCAGGGCGGAUAUUAUGCGGCCCCGCCGGGACCCCCGCCUGCUGGGUAUGAUCAGCGUGGGUAUGAGGGUGGUGGAUAUCAGCAGCAGCCGGCUGUUGUGGUUGAGGAGAAGAAGAGUAGUAACGCUGGCAAGUACCUUGCGGCGGGUGCGGCUGGUUUGGCGUUGGGUGGUAUUGCGGGUGCUCUUAUUGAGCAUGAGCGUGAUGAGGAUUCCGAAAGAGAGGAAAUCGAGGAGGCCCGUCAAGAGGGGUACUACGACGGUCGUGAGGAUCAGUCUUAUGAGGACGAUGGCUGGUGA